AACUCCCCCUCCCUCAAAGCUCUCCCGUUCCUCCAGCCGACUCCCGAUUCCGGCGGCCGCUGAGCCUUCCGUUCGUCGGCGCUGCAGAAGAAGCGCCCUAGCCACCUUCCGCCUCCACGGAGGUAGCUCGAGUGGAGUGGAAGGCAGGAGAUCCGUCCUCGCUAAUUCCCUUUUCACGACUUAGUAGAUCAUUUGGGACCAAUGGAAGAAGAAGACUAUAGCACGGAAUCAUCUAAUGAAGAAGAUGUGCAAGAAGAGGGUGAGAAGGAAACAAGCCUUGCCGAGGGUGAUGUGUUUAAGCCAGUUGAUAUGGAUCCAGAAUGGGUACCCAAAGUAGGUAUGGUAUUCGAUUCGGAAGAAGACGCCUUUCAGUUCUAUGUGGCAUAUGGCUGCCGCUCUGGUUUUGGUAUCACAAGGAGAUCUAACAACACCUUUGAUGGUUUCCGCUAUCGCUCUACAUUCAUAUGCUCUAAAGGAGGGCAGUCUAGGUUGAGAUCUGGUGCGACAAGGCCUGCAAGGAAGCGAGGCACAAAGACUGGCUGCAAGGCUAAGAUGAUUGUCAAGGAUGCCCAUUUUCAGAAUCGCUGGGAAGUUAUUGUUCUUGAGUUGGAGCAUAACCAUGCCCUGGAUCCUAGCUUGCUUAAAUACAAGAAGCACUUAGAGAACCUAUCAUUAAAUCCACCUCAUAUGUCUGAGGCGCCACAGGAUUGCUCAGCUGCUGCACAUUCUAGUGGUGUUGGAGAUAGCGGCAUACCUUCAUCUGCCCAUAUUGAAAUCAAGACCAAGAUAGACAGAAAUAGGAAAUUGAAGCUUGCAGAAGGAGAUUUAGAAGCCUUGGUGAGUUUUUUCAAUGACAUGCAGGACCGAAACCCAUGUUUUUUUUACAGUUUAGACAUGAAUGAGCAAGGACAGCUAAGGAAUGUCUUCUGGGCUGAUGCCAAAUCACGUAGUUCUUACAAUUACUUUGGUGAUGUGGUUUCUAUUAAUAUCACAAAUUUCAGUGAUCAGUAUGAUAUUCAGUUUGUUUCAUUUGUGGGGGCUAACCACCAUGCUCAGCCAGUGUUACUAGGGUGUGGUUUGCUUGCUGGUAGAUCUCUUGGAGCUUACGUGUGGCUUUUUGAUACAUGGUUAAGAUGUAUGAAUGCUACACCACCACCUGCAAUAAUUACCAACUACUGUCAUGAUGUUGCAAUAGCUGUUAAGAAGGUUUUUCCAAAUGCACGGCACCGCUUUUGCCUUCGGCACAUUUUGAAUGAGCUUCCUGAGAAGUUGGACGGAAUGGAAAAGAAGGAUGGGAUGAUCACUACUUUCAGCACAUUGUCCUAUGAUUCAGUUACUAUGCCUGAUUUUGACAAAGAGUGGCAAGAAAUGACGCAGCAAUUUCAUUUGGACGGAAAUGAAUGGUUUUCCAGAUUAUAUGAGGUCAGGUCGCAGUGGGCACCUGUUUAUGUCAAGGAUUUCUUUUGGGCGGGAAUGUCUGCCACAGUCAGAAAUGACAGUGCAGCUGACUACUUUGAUGGCUGGUUGAUGUCGGGAACGUCUGUGAAAAUGUUUGUCGAGCAGUACGAGGCAGCUGUUAGAAGUAAGUUAGAAAAGGAAUCCUACGAGGAUUUACAAUCAUCUCAGAUGAGGCAACCUAUGAUGACCGGAUUGCCUUUGGAGGAGCAAGCAGCUAAGAUGUACACAGUAGAAAUAUUUCAGAUGUUCUUGAAUGAAAUGGGGCAUUCAUUUCAGUGCAACUAUAGUAUACUUGAUCGAACUGAUUCAGGAGCAACAUACAUAAUUUCAGAGCAUAUAAAUCAAGCAAAGAAGGUGGAGUACAAAGUUGCUUAUGACAGUGUUGAAGAGGACAUAUGGUGCAUGUGCCGGUUAUUCCAGUUUAAAGGUAUAUUGUGCAGACAUGCUCUCACUGUACUAAGGCAGGAGCUUGUACCGAUGAUUCCACCAAAAUACUUCAUUCAUCGUUGGUGCAAGGAUUGUAAACAAACUUGUUCUUCCAUUUCCCGGGAUGCCUCAUUAGGUGCCCAGGAAUUGGGAAGCUAUGAUGAUCUCUACAAAGUCGGCCACCAAUACUUUGCGGAAGUAGUGGAAUUGGGUUCCGUGAACUCAGAAUCAAAAGAGUAUGCUUUGUCAAUCAUGAGGGAGAUCAGGGAUAGAGUGAUUUCCUAUGAAAAGUCACUAAGAGAUCAAAGGGUUGACAGUCAAGUUUCAACUGCCAAUUUUGCAUAUAAUCCGGUGAAUGAGGAUUUUACGGAUGAUGCAUUGCCCAUUUCUUUAAAUACGAAGGGCUGGGAUCUUCCGCAAGGUCAGUCAAAACGUUCUAGGAAGAAGAAACUGGCGACACCAAGUGUUCUUGAUACCUUGAAAAAGAAAACUAAAAAGGCCUAUAACAAGAGGAGGAAUGCCACCGCGAACAAUCUAAACACAACGGUCGCCACACCUGACAGCGUACCUGACAACAUAAAUGUGCAGCAGAAUCAAGUAAAUGAGGGAUGGCCGUUAACAUCUGCGGGUGCACCUGAUGCUUACCCUUAUGGAGUGGAGACCAUUUCAUUUGAUUUGACACAAUACAACAAUGCGCCAAGCUUCCAUUGGCCUGAAAGCAGUAGCAGGUCUCAGCUUGAGUGAAAGGAGGCAUCAGUUCAGUUGUGCAUGCACUCGAGUAGCCUGCUUUCUAACACGACCACAUGAUGAGUGGAGUUAGUGGUGGUCGUUCAGGUUCGGCAUUAGUUUCUCUGCUACGGUUGGUGAAAAAAGCUCGAACUUGGCUGAAACUAGUAUAUGCUAUCGACUUCCCACCCAGGUCUAAGGUUUUGGCUAAUGCGAUGACUUGUCUGCCCUGAUUUUGAGCUCCAUGUGAUGUCCCACCUGUACAUACUCAUUUCUGUUUUUUCGCGCCCUUAGAUAUUUGCUGCUCCCGUUAAUUAGGUUUGUCUGAAUCUUUCAAGGUAGCUCAACUUACAUGAAUAAUUCGAUCUGAGGUUAUAAGGACGUACAUUCUUGUGUAUUGUAAUGUAUGCUUUUUAUUAUUUAAUAAAAUUUACUUGUCUGAAGUU